AUGAACUAGGGCCAUGCUCAAUGAAAGUUGGCCCAAUAGGUGUUUCCCCGGAAGCUUUCCUUUCGUGAUUUUCUCGGGACCAAAACAAAAUUAAAUGCAUGAUUAUUUACAAUUUAGCAGCAAAAUCAUAAUAAUUUUAGUUGUGCUCCGAGUUAUAAGUUCGUGGUAUUCAAUUGAGCUGUGCCACUGCAGUGUUUCGAUUUUCUUCUGCGUGAUGCUUCAGCUCGCUCUGCCACCUGCACUUGUUUAGGUUUUGUGUGUUUCGCUCCUGCCCUAUCCUUUCUCUUCCACCCUUUCUGAGAAAUUUCAGGAGGGUCGUGAUGUUGUCGAGUCUGAUAAGGAGGCUUCUGUGCGUCCCUCUUCGUGUUUGGCGGUGUAUCAUCUUUGCUUGAGGUAUUUCCGCCGUCUUCGCUCUGACCCUUUUUGGCCAAGACGUCAAGUCGCGACCUAAACGGCUAAACCCAUUAUUCGUACGAUUACAGCGGCUAGAUCUGCCGCGAGAAGGAUCACAGUUUCUAUCCGUUGGAAGGGGCCUCAGAUUACGCGCGCCUUUUGGCCUUCGGGCUAGCAUCCAUUCUCCAAAUUCUUCCGCUGCAGGAUGGUUAUUGUUCCAGUGCAUUGUUGAUAGCUGUGAAGAUCAUUUUGCAUAGAAGAACAGAGAAAACAGGGCAAGGGCAGGGGAAAUCUGAGGGGAAGAGGCUGGAGCUUCUCACUAAAAGAAUUGAUAGAUAGAUAAUCUAGAUAAAGUGGCACUCCACUCCUCGUCGUCUCCAUAAACAAGCCUUAAUUUUCCAGAAAAAAAGGUUUCAAGUCUGAGAUCAAGACUGCCAAAACAGAAUGGACCAAUCUUUUUUGGUUAUGCUCUCAAAUCUGCUUCACCUCCACAAUUCCUUAGAUCCCACCACCUCCCUCCUCUCCGACACCCUCUCCUCUGCCACUACCACCACCUCUGCCACUGCUUCCUCUGCUGCUGCCGCCUCCUCUGCCACUUCACCCACAUCUCUUCUCUACUCCUCCUCCAUCGCCCCACUUCUCUUUUUCACCAUUGCUUCUGUUCUCUCUUACAUUGCCUCCUCUCGUCCUACUCCUUCUUCACCCACCUCAAUCUCGACUGCCACUCCUCCUGCUUCGUCCGCAACAGCCUCUGAUUUCUCUGUUUCGGCUUUCCGAGCUCUCUCUACAGAACACAUCUGGUCCCUUGAAGCUCCUCUUCGCGACGCACACUGGCGUUCACUUUAUGGGCUUUCUUACCCUGUGUUCACCACUGUCGUUGACAAGCUCAAACCUCAUAUUGCCAUUUCCAAUCUUUCGCUCCCUUCUGAUUAUGCCGUUGCUAUGGUCCUUUCUCGUCUUGCACAUGGCUUUUCUGCGAAAACCGUCGCUACCCGCUACUCCCUGGAGCCUUAUUUAGUCUCCAAGAUCACCAAUAUGGUUACUCGACUUCUAGCGACCAAACUUUACCCAGAAUUCAUCAAAAUCCCAGUUAGUCGUCGCCGGCUAGUUGAAACGACCCAGGCUUUUGAAGAACUCACUUCCCUUCCGAACAUGUGUGGAGCAAUUGAUACAAGUCCAGUGAAGCUCCAUAGCCUUCCUAACGACCAGAAAAUUCCCACAAGCUAUAGAUGCAGAUACGGGUAUCCCUCAGUUCUCCUUCAGGUUGUUGCUGAUCACAAGAAGAUCUUCUGGGAUGUUUGUGUUAAAGCUCCUGGCGGUGCAGAUGAUGCCACCCAUUUCAGGGAUAGUUAUCUGUACAAUCGGCUUACCUCCGGUGAUGUUGUGUGGGAUAAAGUUAUCAGUGUCAGGGCUCACCCUGUUCGUCCUUACAUUGUUGGAGACUGGUGUUAUCCGUUGCUGCCAUUUUUGCUCACACCCUUUUCUCCUAAUGGCAUGGGCACGCCUGCUCAGAACCUGUUUGAUGGAAUGCUUAUGAAGGGAAGGUCGGUGGUGGUUGAGGCAAUCGGAUUGCUGAAAGGGAGGUGGAAGAUUCUUCAGGAUUUGAAUGUCGGUCUUAGUCAUGCACCACAAACAGUCGUUGCAUGCUGCGUGUUGCAUAAUUUAUGUCAAAUUGCGAGGGAACCAGAGCCAGAGCUAUGGAAGGAGCCUGAUGAGAGUGGGCCUCAACCAAGGGUGCUGGAUAGCGAGAAGUCAUUUUAUUUCUUUGGGGAAAGCCUGAGGCAAGCUUUAGCUGAUGAUUUGCACCAAAGGCUUUCCUCAAGAUAAGGGCACAUGAAGUUCUGCUAGAAUAUUGAUGUGCAAGUGUCUUCUAUGAAGCAUGUAGCAUCUGUAGAAUGCUUAUGAGUGAGUUUUAGUUUCAAAUAAUUUGUGAGUUUGUGACUAUGACGCAGUAGGAGAUGAUCUGUUGCAACAUCAAUCGGAAUGUCUUGUGAGUCCUGAAUCGGAGGGACGUACUGACGUAGAAUUGUAACGAGAAAUUUCAGACAAAUAUAACAGAAAUGAACGAUUAAGCAGAA